AUGCCAAAAUGUUACAUACACCAUCUCCCAUUUGGCAGAUGGUUAUGUCGAUGGAAAUGGUGCCCAGUAUGUGAGUUAUGGAGCUUGUUUGAACCCUUCAGGGACUUUCUCUAUGUCAUUGAUUUUGGCCAUCCUACUUCAGUGGUGAGAAAGAUUGAGAUUGCUACCAAGAAAGUUUCAACCUUGAUGAAAACCUCCACCAUGUUGUUAACUUGUUCUGUGGCAUUGAAUGGAGAUUUGUAUGUUGCUGGAAAUUACACUCUAUUCAAGAUGGUCAAUGAACAAACUGUGAAUAAUUGGUGGUAUCCUAUGGUUAUCAAGAUGGGCCACUUGCCAAUGCCAAAGAACACUCCUACUGGAUUAUUUGUAACACAAGAGGGAGAUCUUUAUAUUGCUGACCUUGGCAAUUAUAGAAUCAGAAAAGUGAAUAGCACUACUGGAAUGAUUACAACCGUUGCAGGUAAUGGAACUUGGCAAUACCAACAAGAUGGUGUUCUAGCAACUCAAACUUCUCUUUCCACCUAUGGUCUUGUCGUUUUACCUUCAGGAAAUAUCAUCUUUUCAGAUACGUCCACGCGUAUCAGAAAAAUCAACAAGAAUUCUGGAAUGAUUUCAACCAUUGCUCAAAACAGUCAGCUGAAGGGAAAUUCGAAUGGAGACAUAGCCUCUGAUCCCAAAAUCUCAUAUACCAGUAGUGGUGUGGCAAUAUCGCCACUAGAUGGAAAGAUUUAUCUAGCCAUGAUACAAAAUAUCAUGGUCUUAACACCUUCAUGUGGAAGUAGUAGUCCAUUGUUUUCAUAUUCAUAUACUUUGGAUUCAUGUGUGAGGAAUGGUAAUGUUACCUCAUCAAAGGUUGUCAAUGGAGGAAGUAAUUUUGGAAGAAAUAAUAAUGAGAGUGUUUUGAAAAUGGGGUUAAUAAUCACAAUGGUCAUCGUGGUGAUGAUAUUGAUCAGUAGCAAUACACUUUGGUCUUCAAUAAAUUACUAG